GACCUCCUAGAUAACUUUCAGUUGCAGCCUGAUGUUCCUGAUGUGCAUGUAUGGAAGUUUUCUACAUCUGGGCAGUACUCCACCAAAUCAGCUUAUGAUGCAAUGUUUGAAGGCGCCACAAAGUUUUCAGCUGCAGACAGAAUUUGGAAGAGUUGGGCACCUGGUAAAUGCAAGUUCUUCUUGUGGUUCGCAGCACAUGAUAGAUGCUGGACUGCAGAUCGGCUUGCAAGAAGGGGUUUAGAUCAUCCAGCGAGCUGCCCCCUUUGUGAUCAGACCCAGGAGUCCAUCAACCACCUUCUCAUCUCUUGUGUUUUUGCACGGCAAUUUUGGUUCAACCUCCUGCAGCAUGUGGGUCUCCAGGACCUUUCGCCGCAACCUGAUGAAUCCUCCUUCGAUUCCUGGUGGUUCAACUGCUGUGAUAAAGUGCCAAGACAAUUUCUGCUAGGUCUGAACUCCUUGAUCAUCCUAGGAGCAUGGAUGCUGUGGAAACAUCACAAUCGUUGUGUGUUUGAUGGCCUUUCUCCAAGUGGCGCAGCAGUCCUUUCGGCUGCUAGAGAGGAGGUCAGAUUGUGGUGUUUGGCAGGGGCUAAAGGUCUUUCCUCCCUUCCUGCCGGGGGAGGGUUGGACCACUAGGUGUGAGUCCGGUUGAGGGUUGAUCAUGUACUAAGGCGCGUCUGUUCAGGCUUUUAGUUUAGCUGUGGGACCUUGUGUGCCAGGGUUUGUGUGGGUGUGUUGUAUUUAGGGGCUCUUUACCCCCUGUUUUUCCUCUUCUUAAUAUAAUGAUACUCAGCUCUCCUGCGUGUUCGAGAAAAAAAAAGAUCACUUCUGCCGACAGUAUGUCUUAUCAUUUAUUUACUUGGAAGGGAAGUCACGAUUGGAUGCUAGAAUGUACAUGGAGCCGAAGACUGAUGAUCUUUUGUUUGAUGCUGACCCCUUGCCUUCACUGCCCUUCCAGGUGCUGUUUGGAAGAUUGCAGCAGCUAGCUAGUGUUGCCGGUGAUGUUCUCCUGGGAAAAGAUAAGAUACAAAAGGUCUUACUCUCAAGGCUAACUGAAACAGUUGUCAUGUGGCUCUCCAAUGAGCAAGAAUUCUGGGAUGUUUUUGAGGACCGGUCUGUCCAACUCCAGCCUUCAGGGCUGCAGCAGCUUAUUCUGGAUAUGCACUUCAUUGUUGAGAUUGCUGUCUGCGGGCGUUUUCCACACAGACCAGUUCAGCAGCUUGUGUCAACAAUCAUAACUAGAGCGAUUGCUGCUUUCUCAGCAAGGAAUUUUGACCCACAAAGUGCACUUCCUGAGGAUGAGUGGUUUCUCGAAACUGCCAAGGGUGCAAUUCACAAGCUCAUGCUGGGGACCUCUGGAUCCGAGUCCGAGCCUGAGCCUGAACCUGAAGAACAUGUUGCUCUGCAUGAUGAGAUAUCCGAUUCUGAUGAGAACAUCGCAACUCCCUCAACGUCAGGGUCUGAAGAUUCGUUUGCUUCUGCAAACAAUGAUGACCUUGAGAGUCCUGUUUACUUCACUGAUCCUGAAGCUUAGUUGCUGAAACAUUGUAGUACCUGUAGAUGUGGUCAUCCUUGCCAUCAGUUUUAUUAUCUGGUAUACCUAUCGGAACUUGGAACCUGGAAACACCAUUGCCUUCAAGAAAAAAAAAAGAACCUAGAAACAUCAGCGGUAA